AUGGGAGAUACUGUGCAAUGGCCUAAAAAGAAUGAUAAGCCUGGAGAGAAGAAAGAUUCGUCCAGGUGGUGUGACUUCCAUUCAGAUAUUGGCCAUACAACCGAUGAGUGUGUCGCGCUCAGAAAGGAGGUUGCUUACCUUUUGAAUAAAGGGUAUCUCAAAGAACUUCUGUCAGAUAGAUCCAAAGCUCCAGGAAAGGAAAGAGAAUCAAAGCAAGGAGGCCCCCCACCUCCUCCUCCAAUUGUCAAAACCAUUUGUUUCAUAUCAGGAGGGUCAGAAGUGUGUGGUUUGACAUACUCAGCAGCGAAGCGGCAUGCGAAGGAAAGCAAUAAGGAUCAUCCAGAUAGAAGAGAAAAACCAAAAAUGGACAUUCCCAUCAUGUUUGAAGAAAGAGAAGCAGUAGAAGGCCAUCAUGACGGUCUAGUGAUUUCACUCCCAGUUGGAAACUGCAUGAUCAAGCGAAUCCUUGUUGACAAUGGAAGCUCUGCAAACAUCAUCAUGCUUGAUACUCUGAAACAUACGAACAUCGAUGAAAAGAACAUCAUCAACAAGUCAACAAUGCUAGUAGGAUUCAGUGGAGAAACCAAGAAAACAAGUGGAGAGAUCACAUUAGCUACCUAUGAAAAAGGAGUCAACCUACAAGUCAAGUUCCUGGUGAUUGACACUCUGUCAUCAUAA